AACUACUCAUGUCUGGUUGUUUACUGUCUGGCUAAACAUGGCCGUUGACAAACUCACUCAUGGUAGUUAGCCCUCGAUAACUCUUGACAAUUUUAAAUGUACAAGUCUUAAGUUGCAAAGCAAUCUACUGCGCAGUUACAAAUGUAAUUGUCUUUUUACCUUGCUGUUGGUUUGGUUUUUAUCUCAUCUUCCUGCGACUCGUUAGCCGCUGAAGCUAGGUAGCGAGCUAACUUCUCCAUAGGGAACAAUGACAGCAACUUCUGCAGGUAGCAGCAGCUGCCUCACCGCUAAAGGACUGGACAUAAGUCUGGCUGCUCUGCAGCGACAAGACCCAUACAUCAAUGACAUUGUGGACGUGGCCAGCCAAGUUGCCCUGUAUACUUAUAACAACAGGGCAAAUGAGUGGGAGAAGACAGAGGUGGAAGGCACCCUUUUUAUUUACACAAGACUGGCAUCUCCCAGGCAUGGUUUCACCAUUAUGAACAGACUCAGUAUGGAGAACAUGACAGAGCCAAUUACCAAAGACCUCGACUUCCAGCUCCAGCACCCUUUCCUGCUUUAUCGCAAUGCACGGUUGGUUAUCCAUGGCAUUUGGUUCUAUGAUAAGGAGGACUGUCAACGUAUUGCUCAGAGAAUGAAGAUCCUGACCCAGCAGGAGCAGACCCUGGCACAGUCUCAAGGUGGAUGGUUGUCCCCAGGAGGAGUACGUGGUGGAGGAGUAGGUGGUGGAGGAGUAGGUGGAGUACUUGGAGGAGGAGGAACAGCAGGAGGAGGAGGAGGAGGAAGUGAAGCAAAGGCAGUGGACAUUAUUCAGAUGCUGACCAAAGCACACACAGAGUAUGACAAGUCUACAUCAGAGCCAAAGGAGAUUGGCGGCAGCAGUGUUAUUUAUGGAAACCCUAACCUGAUCAAACCAAUACCUGUUAAACUGAACACUCAGGACAGUGAAAGUGCUGAACCCAAGUCUCUCUCUCUUGCCACCCUUUUUGGCUCUCAACAUCAACAUCAGCACUCAUCCAAACCUGACCCAGUCUCUCCUAUGGUCACCACUGUGACAGGGCCAUCACCGAGACAAGUCAAUCGCCCACCUGUAGCACGUUCGCUGAAAUACGACGAUACAGUAAACUCUGGCAGAUGUGUGCCCUCCAAAGGAGGGAACAUCGCCAUGGUUGGGUGUUCAGAUGGAGGGCCCAGGGCUGUGAUUGGAGGACAAAUAGUCAGGGAACAUGGUGGAAAUGUUGUGGGCUUGCUGCCGUGUCCCACUACCGCCCAUCAGCAGCAGCAGAACCAGCCUCAGCACUGCCCAGCCAUCCAGAAACUCAUGCAGGCACAGAGAGGAGUGGGGGUCGUCGGAGGGGUGCUUCAGACCCUGUCCGAGUCCCCCGAGAACAGGCUGUGUGACAACGGGGUGCCGCUGGAGCAUCACCACCACCAUCACCAUCUGUACCAUCAUCAUCAGCAGCAGCACCACCACCUUCAUCAUCAUCAGCAACAGCUUCAGGCUGACCCAAUCAGGAAACUUUUCCAAACCCAGCCACCUCUUCCCUCCUCCAACCCUCCGCCUCUGCAGCAGAACCCCCAUCUCUCCUCUCAGCCUGUAAUGGUGGAUUCUGUGUCAUGUUCCCACCUUCAAGCGCAACAAAGCCAGCAGCUGUUUUUCAGCCUACCUAAGCCUCAACCAGAAGCACAGCACAACAGCCAUUCAGCUUUAACUAUACAGGGAACAGUUCUGUCUUCCCAGAUGUCUGGUGUGGUGUCUCCUCAUGAGCUCCUGCAAAAGCUCCAGCUGGUUCAGCAGGAACAAAGCCUAGCUUCCCAUGAUCCCCCUCGACUCUGUCCAGGACUGGCCCCUCGAUUCCUGGGGCCCACUCAAGGUGAAGGUGCCGGCUCAGUUGUAGACCCAGUCCCAAACCAGACCACAGGCACUGCUGGUCAAAAGGCUGCACUGCAGUUUCAGAUCAUCUCCCCCCAGCGGAUACCAGCCACUGUGGCCCCCAACCUGCUCCUCUCUCCCAGUGUGUUCACUCAGGCAAAGUCUAGUGGUGGGUUGUCAGUGGUUGCCCAGGAGAGCUGCCCUGCCCCCUCAACCCUGUCCAGACCCCCACUGCAGCAGGAGAUCAGAGUUCUGUCCAGAAGCCAGCUUCAAGCCACACUGCUGCAUCUGAUCCAGACUGACAGCUCAUUCCUGGACAGUAUCUAUGAAGCCUACAUCAGCCGCUUUGCUAAUGACUCCAGCAGCAAGUACUGAUGACUCUUCACACCCUCUGUCUAUACAUGCACCCUGUCCUGAGCUGUGAGGCUCAUUCUUCUACACCUAAUAUGGAUGUACAAUUUCCUCUUCUGAAUCUAAUCAGACACACUCCUCUGUAUCUCCUCUGCACUUCCUUCCCCUUUUUCUCUAGUCAGAACAAAAAAGCAGUUAUCAGAUUAUACGUGUUUGUUUCCAUAUCAAAAAAAACUUGUUUUAUCCUCUGAAUCCUCUGGAAAAAGAAAUUCUCUCAAUCUGAGGACCACUAAUUUUUUGGCACAAAUGCGGUAUGACCAUACAGUCUUGACAUCAUCUGUAGUUAAGGGGACAAUGUAGCCUAUACUCUCGUUCACUCUACAUGAAAACAAAAUAUGCUGCAACCCCAUGUUUUUCCUAAGUAUUUAAAUAUAGUUCCCUUCACUGUUUUUUAUUCACCAAACUUAGCAGAAUUUUAUUAUAUUUUUUGUUUUUCUUUUGUUAUAAUGUGUAGUCUUUACUCCAUCACAGUGGUCUAACACCAGCCAGCCUCCUGGGCUUUAAUAAACAAGUCUUCCUUGUCUAAGAACUAGUGCUGAAGGAUAUGCUCAAACUGACUUGAAACUGACUUCACCUAUGAACGGUUAAACGUAUUUUGUUUUCUGUACAUUUUGAAUAAGUAUGUUUAAAUGUUAUAAUAAUUUGUUUGAUUUAAAUUUACAGUUCUUUUAAAUUAAGUUCUUACUAGUUUGCCUUCUAAAGUGAGUAUAUUUUAGUAUCCAAAUCCUUUUAAAUUUAUUUUUUAUUUUUUUAUUUUUCUCUUUUUUCAGCAGACUAUAGCUAUGAUAAAUAUUUGUAUUGGUCACAGUUGUUUUAGCUUUACGUACAGUAAUGUUAUUAUAUUAUUACCAUGAUGAAGAAUUCAAAAUGACAUGGUAUCCAUCUAAAUUGAAGUAACAAGGAAAGUACAGGAGAUUGUUAACCUGCUACCUCACAGAGUUUGGAGGUGUUCGGAGUCGUAUCUGUGUUUUUACUAGUAGCAGAUUGUCAGUUAUGUAAUUCAACAGUUUUAAAGAUUAGAUAACCCAGUCAGGUUUUUAUUUCAGUUUAACAUAAAGGAUUUAAUCAUCACAGAAAACACAUUGAGUUGUUGUGUAUAUAUGCCACAGUUCCUGAACAAAACAAUUUACAGAAAUUCCCCUCAGGAUUAAUACAACUUUUUAUUGGUCAAAUGCUUUGCUAUUGAUGGUAAGUCUAGUUAAAUAAAUGCUUGGUAAAUGGAGAUUUAAAGCAAUACAAAGCAGCAAAGAAGGUAUAUAAAUAUCUGGUAAUAAUUGUUUGGAGUUCACAGGCCUGUUCAAAGCAAGUACAAUAGAAAUAUAUCAUAGAAAAUGCAUUUCCGAAAUACUGUCACACUACAUGUACUGCAUAAAGUGUCAACCAAUCAAACCCUUAAAUCAAAUUCCUUACUACAGCAGAGAAGUCAGUCAAUAUGUUAAAUUUUGUCAGGGUUAGGGUUUGCAGUUUGUGCUAAACUCGUAUGAAGCCAGACUAUACAGUAGCUACCAGAGAGUACACAAAAACAGCAGCAACAACAGAGAGAGAGAUUACAUUUCAGGAAAAAAAACAGAAUAUUUUUUUCCUAUUUUUGUACUCAAGCAAAGCAAAAUGUAUUGUUCUCAUUGUACAAAUAACCAGCAUGUUACAUUACAAUUAAA